CGUUCGGCUCCGUUUCGGUUUCACUUCCGGUGAGGGGCAGCCUUCGACUGGCCGUAAGCCUACGGUGAGAGCAGGCGGCGGUGACGGCGGCGCCUCUGCCGGGGGGGGCGUGCGGUAGCGCGGCGGCGGCGGCGGCGGCGGCGGCGGCUGGGCCUCUAGUGCCCGCAGACCACCUCUCCAGGACGGACUCCAGGUGCCAGCAGGGCCGUCGAGAAGAUGGAGGAGCUGGUGGUGGAAGUGCGGGGCUCCAAUGGCGCUUUCUACAAGGCCUUUGUAAAGGACGUUCAUGAAGAUUCAAUAACAGUUGCAUUUGAAAACAACUGGCAGCCAGAGAGGCAGAUUCCAUUCCAUGAUGUGAGAUUCCCACCACCUGUAGGUUAUAAUAAAGAUAUAAAUGAAAGUGAUGAAGUUGAGGUUUAUUCCAGAGCAAAUGAAAAAGAACCUUGCUGUUGGUGGUUAGCUAAAGUGAGGAUGAUAAAGGGUGAGUUUUAUGUGAUAGAAUAUGCAGCAUGUGAUGCUACGUACAAUGAAAUUGUCACAAUUGAACGUCUACGAUCAGUUAAUCCCAACAAACCUGCCACAAAAGAUACCUUCCAUAAAAUCAAACUGGAUGUGCCAGAAGACUUACGACAAAUGUGUGCCAAAGAAUCAGCACAUAAAGACUUUAAAAAGGCAGUUGGUGCCUUUUCUGUAACUUAUGAUCCAGAAACUUACCAGCUUGUCAUUUUGUCUAUCAAUGAAGUCACCGCAAAACGAGCACACAUGCUGAUUGACAUGCACUUUCGGAGUCUGCGCACUAAGCUGUCUCUGAUACUGAGAAAUGAAGAAGCCAGUAAACAGCUAGAGAGUUCAAGGCAGCUUGCCUCAAGAUUUCAUGAACAGUUUAUUGUACGAGAAGAUCUGAUGGGUCUAGCUAUUGGUACUCAUGGUGCUAAUAUUCAGCAAGCUAGAAAAGUACCUGGGGUCACCGCUAUCGAUCUAGAUGAAGAUACCUGCACAUUUCAUAUUUAUGGAGAGGAUCAGGAUGCAGUUAAAAAGGCUAGAAGCUUUCUUGAAUUUGCUGAAGAUGUCAUACAAGUUCCAAGGAACUUAGUGGGCAAAGUAAUAGGAAAAAAUGGAAAACUGAUCCAGGAGAUUGUGGACAAGUCAGGAGUUGUGAGGGUGAGAAUUGAGGCUGAAAGUGAGAAAAAUGUUCCACAAGAAGAGGAAAUAAUGCCACCAAAUUCCCUGCCUUCCAGUAGUAACUCAAGGGUUGGACCUACUCCCUCGGAAGAAAAAAAACAUAUAGAUAUAAAGGAAAACAGCGCUCAUUUUUCUCAACCUAACAGUACAAAAGUACAGAGGGUGUUAGUGAUUUCAUCAAUUGUAGCAGGGGAAUCCCAGAAACCUGAACUCAAGGCUUGGCAGGGUAUGGUACCAUUUGUUUUUGUGGGAACAAAGGACAGCAUCGCUAAUGCCACUGUUCUUUUGGAUUAUCACCUGAACUAUUUAAAGGAAGUAGACCAGUUGCGUUUGGAGAGAUUACAAAUUGAUGAGCAGUUGCGACAGAUUGGAGCUAGUUCUAGACCACCACCAAAUCGUACAGAUAAGGAAAAAGGCUAUGUGACUGAUGAUGGUCAAGGAAUGGGUCGAGGUAGUAGACCUUACAGAAAUAGGGGGCACGGCAGACGCGGUCCUGGAUAUACUUCAGGAACUAAUUCUGAAGCAUCAAAUGCUUCUGAAACAGAAUCUGACCACAGAGACGAACUCAGUGAUUGGUCAUUAGCUCCAACAGAGGAAGAGAGGGAGAACUUUCUGCGCAGAGGAGAGGGACGACGACGUGGCGGUGGAGGAAGAGGACAGGGAGGAAGAGGGCGCGGAGGCGGCUUCAAAGGAAACGAUGAUCACUCCCGAACAGAUAAUCGUCCUCGUAAUCCAAGAGAGGCUAAAGGGAGAACCGCAGAUGGAUCCCUCCAGAUCAGAGUUGACUGCAAUAAUGAAAGGAGUGUCCACACUAAAACAUUACAGAAUACCUCCAGUGAAGGUAAUCGGCUGCGCACGGGUAAAGAUCGUAACCAGAAGAAGGAAAAGCCAGACAACGUGGAUGGUCAGCAACCACUUGUGAAUGGAGUACCCUAAACUGCAUAAUUCUGAAGUUAUAUUUCCAUUACCAUUUCCGUAAUUCUUAUUCCAUAUUAGAAAACUUUGUUAGGCCAAAGACAAAAGGUAGGCAAGGUGGCACAGGGCAUGAAAUGAACACAAAUUCUGUUUAAGAAUUUUAUUUUUCUGGUAUUGGCCAUAAGCAACAAUUCUCAGAUUUGCACAAAAAUGAUAUCUUGAUCUUGAAAUUUUCAAGCACUGCUUUUAAGUAUACUUAGCACUUCAGGACAGGAUUUUAGUUUGGUUUAUUUUUUAAAGUACUGAGAAGUGAUAUUCUUUGUUAAUUUGGAUCAUUUUCCUACAUCGGUGAUAACACUGGUACAUUUCAGUUUUUCUGAAUAAAUAGCACUUAUGGUAAUCAUAUUAGACUUAUAUUUUCAGUCUUGUUUAGAAGUCAAUGAAAUAGUAUGUCAUUUCAUGUCCUGUGUCAAUUUAUGUGUUGGUCCACUAUUUCAGUAUUUUAGUGGACCCUGAGAUGUGUGUGAUGUGACAUUUGUCAUUCCAUUAGCAAAAAAAAAAAAAAAAAAGUUGUAUGAUCUGUGCCUUUUCUAUAUCUUGGCAGGUAGGAAUAUUAUAUUUGGAUGCAGAGUUCAGGGAAGAUAAGUUGGAACACUAAAUAUUAAAGAUGUUGCAAACCCUGUCAAACAUUAGUACUUUAUAGAAGAAUGCAUGCUUUCCACUUUUGUUCCUUGCAUAAACAUCAGGUUAGGCAGUGUAAAGAAUAGGAUUGUUUUUGUUUAUGUUUUGUUGCACUGAAGUUUGACAAAUAGUGUUAUUGAGAGGGUUGUGUAAUUUUUUUUCUUAAUAGACAGGAGAAGAAAUAAGUGUCUUUUCAUUUGAGAGAGGCUAAAAUGUUUUCAGCUAGGAGCAAAUCUUUUUGAUUGAAAGUUAGUAAAAUAUGCCUGCUCUUUGGCCUGAUGACCAGUUUUAACUUAGAGCCUUUUUUAUUUUGUCCUCCCCUUGUUUUGUGAAGUUUUUCAUAUUUUAAUUUCAGGCUUAAUUUGGGGAGAUAGGAGGGUCAUUUCUAUGUGUGCAUAAUAAACCUGUGAAGUACAGGUACUUUGUCUAAGAAAUAUUGGAAGCAGGUUAAAUGUUUUGUAAACUUUGAAAUAUUAGGUCUAAUGCAUAAGCAGAAUUGGAAAGCAGACUAAGAUUGGUUAACAAAUAACUUUUUUUUGUUUCUUUUUCUUUUUUGAUGUGUUGGGUUUGGUUUUGUUUUUAAGUAUUUUUUUUUUAAUGGGUGAAAUUUAGUGAGGCAAAUUAUGUGAAGGACCUUCACUCUUAAGAUGUUAUAUUUUUCUUAAAAAGUAACUCCCAAGCCGGGGUACCACUGAGUCUGUAGAGCCGUACAAACAGAAGUUCUGCCUCUGAUGUAUUUUGUGAGUUUGUUUCUUUGAAUUUUCAUUUUACAGUUACUUUUCCUUGCAUACAAAUAAACAUAAAAUGGCAACAAACUGCACAUGAUUUCAAGAAUAUUAAAAAGUCUCUUAAAAGUAUUGCCAAAUUAAUGUUGAUUUCUAGUUAUUUAUUCUUGGAAUGUAUAGUAUUUGAAAACAAAUUGGUACCUUGCACACAUCAUCUGUAAGCUGUUUGGUUUAAAAUACUGUAGAUAAUUAACCAAGGUAGAAUGACCUUGUAAUGUAACUGCUCUUGGGCAAUAUUCUCUGUACAUAUUAGCGACAACAGAUUGGAUUUUAUGUUGACAUUUGUUUGGUUAUAGUGCAAUAUAUUUUGUAUGCAAGCAGUUUCAAUAAAGUUUGAUCUUCCUCUGCGAAA